AACGGCAAAUGAUUCCAGUUAUAUCAAUUUUAAAACCAUAAUAAUAUAUGACAUUGUAACCAACUAACACAAAAUUAUAUUUUGAAAGAAGUGUUCUUCAUUUUGAUGGAACUAUAUAAGGGAUCGACAAAGCUUGUAUUAAAUAGGUGCUAAUACAACAGAUUUAAAUUCAUCAAUCACAUACAUUUUAAUCACUUCGUCUAAUUGGUGCAUAAUGCAGGAAGAAGCAAAAAGGUAUGCUGUUGUGACAGGAGCAAAUAAGGGAAUUGGUUAUGGGAUAUGUAAGAAAUUGGCUUCAAGUGGUGUUAUGGUUUUAUUAACAGCUAGAAAUGAAGAGAGGGGAUUGAAAGCUAUAGAAAGACUGAAAAAAGAGUUUGAUCUCUCUGACUUUGUGAUUUUUCAUCAGCUUGAUGUGGAUGACCCUGCUAGUGUUGCAACCUUAGUUUCUUUCAUUAAAACCAUGUUUGGGAAACUUGAUAUCUUGGUGAAUAAUGCAGCUGUUACUGGGGGCAAAUUAUUAAAUGGUGAUGCUCUACUUAGAAAGAGAAAUGGAGAAGAAAAUGAUUGGAAAGAAGUAGGGUAUGAAACAUAUGAUUUAGGUGAAAAAUGUUUGAAAACAAACUUCUAUGGUGUAGAAAGAGGAACUGAAGCUCUUGUUCCCCUUCUCAGGCUAUCUAGUUCUCCAACAAUUGUCAACAUUUCCUCCAGAGCAGGACUCUUGAAGAAUAUAUCAAAUGAGUGGGCUAGAACAGUGUUUAGUGACAUUGACAACCUAACAAAGGAAAAAAUAGAUGAUGUGCUUAAAGACUAUGAGAAAGAUUACAAAGAAGGAUCACUAGAUAUCAAAGGUUGGCCAACUUUUGCUUCUGCUUAUACAAUGUCAAAAGCAGCUUUAAAUGCUUACACAAGGAUAAUGGCCAAGAAAUAUCCACAUUUUCACAUAAACUCUGUUUGCCCUGGCUUUGUAAAGACUGAUAUGAAUCAUAAUACUGGAAACUUAAGCAUUGAUGAAGGUGUUGAAACUCCUGUCAUGUUAGCACUUUUGCCAAAUGAUGGUCCUUCUGGCUGUUUCUUUACCAAGGGUGAAGUUAUACCCUUUUAAUCAUUAAUUAAUUAUCCAAAUAGUGUUAUUAUUUUCUAGGAAUGAAGUUGUGCACCCUUUUGAUAAGAAAUAUGUUAUGUAUUGAAGAGAAUAAAUAUUGAAUAUGGUCAUAUUCAUGUUAGGAUAUCAAGUUUGAACUUUCAACAACAAAAAAAUGCUUCAAUUUGUUUGUAAUA